UCCCUUUUGGGGCCCUCCUCCUACCUCAAGGCCUUUCCCCACACUCACACACACACAUACACACAGCAGCUGGUGACAGAAUCGGGGUUCCCGUCACCAUCAUCAUCUCCUGCCCCAUACACUGGUCAACUGAGCCACACUGGGCAGGACCUUCCUUGGGGCCAGGUUCCCUGUGUGGGUCCCAUGUCCUUCACCCUCUCUCUGAUGGGUCACUAACUCGGAUCCAAGGAACAGAGCCAGAGAGCAUGUCCAAGCUGCUCUUCCUGUCACUUGCCCUCUGGGCCAGCCGCUCCCCUGGUUACACUGGGACAGCUCUCGUGGCUCUAAGCCAGCCCAGAGUGCAAUGCCAUGCUUCUCGGUAUCCCGUGGCCGUGGACUGCUCCUGGACUCCUCUCCAGGCUCCCAACUCCACCAGAUCCACGUCCUUCAUUGCCACUUACAGGCUCGGUGUGGCCACCCAGCAGCAGAGCCAGCCCUGCCUACAACGGAACCCCCAGGCCUCCCGAUGCACCAUCCCCGACGUGCACCUGUUCUCCACGGUGCCCUACAUGCUAAAUGUCACUGCAGUGCACCCAGGCGGCGCCAGCAGCAGCCUCCUAGCCUUUGUGGCUGAGCGAAUCAUCAAGCCCGACCCUCCGGAAGGCGUGCGCCUGCGCACAGCAGGACAGCGCCUGCAGGUGCUCUGGCAUCCCCCUGCUUCCUGGCCCUUCCCGGACAUCUUCUCUCUCAAGUACCGACUCCGCUACCGGCGCCGAGGAGCCUCUCACUUCCGCCAGGUGGGACCCAUUGAAGCCACGACUUUCACCCUCAGGAACUCGAAACCCCAUGCCAAGUAUUGCAUCCAGGUGUCAGCUCAGGACCUCACAGAUUAUGGGAAACCAAGUGACUGGAGCCUCCCUGGGCAAGUAGAAAGUGCACCCCAUAAGCCCUGAAGAGGGACUGGAUCCUUGAUAUCAGACCCUGAUGUCGUCUACUUGAGGGUGGCGAGGUGGCCUGUCCUGAGUCCGAAUACUUUCCAUGUACUGGGCUACUCCGAAGCACUGGAUAAUUCACUUGACUUCUUCAGACCUCAAUUUCCAACCCUGUGGGAUGAUCUUUCUUCUGCCGGUGUGGGGCUUUGUGAACUUUAAGUGUGAUUUAAUUAGAAAGACGAAUUAAAUAAGAAUCAUCA